AUGGCUCGCACGUGCCAGGUGGUGUUUCCUCAGCCGUGGCGGCAGUUCUGGGCGUGGCACGCGCUGUCGCAGGCCCAGCAGGUUAACUCCGCUCACCUCAAGUUCGACUGGGAUGCCUACGACUUCAGUGCUCCGUGCCGGAAGUUCUGGGCGCGGCAUGCGCUGUCUCAGGCCCAGCAGGUCAACUCCGCCCACCUCAAGUUUGACUGGGACGCCUAUGACUUCAGUGCUCCCUGCAGGAAGGUGAGAGGAGCCCCACACGUCUCUGCUACUCCAUCGACUCCCAACCCCCAUCGCCUACCCAACCGCCUCCCCCACCCUCCUCCCGCUCCCCUCCGCGCUCCGCCUCUCCUCCUCCCUCUCCCUCCACCUCACCACGUCCCCCCGCUCGCUCGCUCCACUUCCCCGGCUGGACCACUGUGGGAGGGAGGUGCCGCGGGGGAGGUGGCUUGGAGUGCAGGCGAGCUGAGGGGACUGCUGCAGCAGCGCAUUGCCCGGCACUCCGCUGUGGCUGGAGUGAUGGUGUCACCGGGGUAUGAUGACAUGCUCAACAACUGGGUGUGCUACGUCAAGGAGCUUCAAAUCCGCAACUUCUUUAUAAUCACACAGGACCCAGCACACGCGUUCUCUCUGAAGCGGCGGGGCUUUGCCGUGUAUUGUGCCGGGGCAUGUGGCGAGUGGACCAUCGAGGCCAAGCGUGCAAGUGCCUGGCUCUCUCCUGCACACGACCCAAGGACCCCUGGUCGCUCACCAACAACCCCACCCUCCCUGCUGCGCUGA